GCGAACUUUAGCACCCCACUAAAAGUGUUCGCAGAGUGGGCAUUCCACCAAUACGUGGACUUGUGAUCACAAACAUGUACAAGAGCCUUUGUUCUCACCUUCUCAGAAUACCUUGUUGCAGAAGAAGCGCAAAACCACCUUGGGCACUAUCGCAAUUACGAUCAUUUACCAUGUCUGGAUCGCGGCCAAAAUAUCAAACGUUGGCCGAGUUACACCAGGCUUAUCAAGGCGGCAAAACUGUGAAAGAAGUCACGGAACAGUAUUUGGACAUCAUUGAGAGCAGCAAAGACUUGAAUGCUACCACUGUCGUGAAUCACAAAGCUUUAGAAGAAGCUCAACAGCUCGAUGAACUUGCACAGGAACAGCGAGGACCGUUGUUCGGGCUGCCAAUUGUCGUGAAAGAUCAGAUCGAGACGGCAGGCAUUGCUACAGCAUAUGGUAGCAAGGUCUGCAAGAACCAUGUCCCAAGUCAAGAUGCAACUCUCGUUCGCAAAUUGAAAGACGCUGGUGCUGUCAUUCUUGCAAAGACGACAAUGCCCGAUUGGGCUGCUUCUUGGUUCUCAACCUCGUCACUGAGCGAAACGACGAAACAUCCCAUAGACAAUUCGCGAGAUCCAGGUGGCUCGUCGAGCGGUAGUGGCACAGCUGUCGCUGCAGGUCUCGCUCUUGCGGCGAUUGGAGGCGACACUGGCGGCAGUAUUCGACUUCCGGCGAGUUUUUGCGGUCUUGUUGGUGUACGUGUCACGCCUGGAAGAAUUAGCAGAGAUGGCAUGUCGUCACUUGUGGUUACACAAGAUACUCCUGGACCUAUGACGCGAACGGUCGAAGAUGCUGCUCGAAUUUUGGAUUGUCUUGUUGGCUUCGACGAAAAGGACGAUUUCACGUCGAUCAAUGCUCUUCGGCACGAGACAGAGCCCCAGUCUUUUGUGGACGCCAUCAAGGAGCCUGUACUGUCGGGUAGACGUCUUGGCGUACUCCGUCAAGCAUUCGGAGAGCACAAAGGCAUCAACUCCGCGCUCGACAAGACCUUGUCGGAACUCCAAGCAUCGGGCGUGGAGCUCAUCGACGUCGAAAUCCCAGAUCUCGAACAACUCAAAGAGCAGACCUCAGUCUACGUCCUUCGGUCUCGAUCAGACAUCAACAGCUUCCUCGCAUCUCGCGACGGCCUUCAGCAUCUGAAGAUCGAAGAUCUGCAAGAGAAAGGAGACUAUCAUCAGUGUCUGGACCUGAUAAGUGCAUUGGCAAAAGGACCGAAAGACCCUUUCCAAAGCCCUCAUUUCAGUAAAGCUCUCAGCGCGAUUCAGCACUUUCAGCGUACUGUCAUGAGUUUGUACGCGAAGCACAAACUAGAUGCGAUAAUAUAUCCGACUUGCCAGCUUCUGGCGCCCAAGACGCAGGAUCUACUGGAUCUGAGGUGGACUUGCUUGAACUAUCCCACCAACACAGUGAUAGCCAGUCAAUUGCUGUGGAGUGCUGUUUCGGUGCCGAUGGGGACAGCGAAGGAUGAUGAGUAUCCUGAUGAUCCGGAAUUGCCUGUGGGAUUGGAGAUCUUGGGACUGCCAAUGAGUGAAGACAAGUUAUUGAAUUUGGCUGCUGGUAUCGAGGCGAUGAAGGAGGCCAAGAGUUGA